CCAAAACAGUGGAGCACGAGCCAAUAUGGCGAUAAUGGCGACGCGGUGUGAGUCGCGAAUUUGGGGCGGCAUUUAAAAAAGCAUGUUGUCAAGUACGCGCAAGUGUUUCUGUGAUCCAUGUUGAGUUUAGUGUAAAUGUAUAAUGUCAGAACCAAAACGGGUUCCUUUGCAAACCCUGGAGUUUCCGGAUUCCCUGGGCCACGCCGCCAAGAAGGAUAAGGACAAGAAGCUCCUUCCCUCCCACCGCUUUACGUUGACCCUGCCGGAACCUAAUGAAGAGAGAUGUCCGGAGUUCAACUAUAUUCAACUUCAAAAAACUGCCGAGAAAAAGCGAAAUAAAGAGCUUAAACGAAAAGGUGAUCAUAGUAUGAAUGGAUUGGAUCCCUAUAAUGAUGACGAUGAGGAUAUGCUCAAAGAGAUGGCGAGGAAAUUCGAAGCCAAAUAUGGUACACCAACAUCAGGGAAGAAAAUCAACAAUCAUAAAUUCGAUAGUUACACAGAUUUGGGAGCAGGUUACGAUGAAAAUGAUUCUUUUAUCGAUAAUACGGAUGCUUACGAUGAAAUUGUACCCGAAGAGGUAACGACAGCUUAUGGUGGCUUCUAUAUUAAUAGUGGCGCUCUUGAAUUCAAGAAUUCUAAUAACAAUACUGUCUUUAAUGUUCGUAAUGAUAACGAUGACGAAGAUGAAACUAGCGAUGAUGAUGAUGAAGAUGAAGAAGAUACUCCUAAGAGAACAGAUAAACGUAUGAAUUCUUCUUCAGAAUGUGAAGAAGGAGAAGAAAUCGCUCGUGAUCAUCCUGCAAAGAAACAAAAAUUAGAUGAUGUUGAGAAAAAAGCUAAUAACGAUUCUCUAAUUAGAAAAAAGAAGAAAAAUCAUCACUCCGAUGAGGGUCAAAAUAAUAGUUUACAAAAUACUCGAGAUUCUGAAUCAUUUAAAAAGAAUUCAGACCAAAAUAGAGUUGAUAAUUUAGAGAAAGAAACAAAUGGUGAAUCAGAAGAAAAAAAGAAGCACACAAAAUCAAAUGAUGUUCAACGUUCGAAAAUAACGAGUGAGAAGAAAUUUGAUGUGAAAAAAUUUGUGAAAAAAGUAACGAGCAAUGGUUAUGAUACAAAAAAAGUGGAGGAAAAAAAGGAGACAAAUAUUGUGAAGGAUAGUAAAAUUGAUGACGCUAUUGAAAGUGUAGUUAAUGCAUCUCAUGUUGAUGUUGAUGAAUCAAGUCGUGAAACAUCGGAUUCUGGAAAAUCACCUGGAGCACCUGGAACUGAGUCCGAUAAUGAGGAACAAGAAUGUCCUUUGCCUGAUUGCCUUCCCGAUGAUGUUAAAGAAAUUUGUAAUAAUUUAAAAGUUCUUGCUCGUAAACCAACUGGCAAAAGUAAAUUUUUUAAUCAAAACGUUAGUACGCUUCUCUUUAGCUUAGAGAGUAAACUUCGAAUGAUAGGCGCAAAUAAUAUAAGGUUACAAACCUAUAAACAUUUGGCACAUUAUGUACCAUGCACUAAAACUACUCUUAUUAAUCGGGCCAAAAAAUUGCAUAUGCAAUAUCAAGAAGGUCGUGUUAAAUCACAAUUAGAAAAGUUAAAGUCUAUAAUUGAUCAAAUUAUGCCAGCGGCUGAGGAAAAAUAUAAAAAAGAAUGCCAGAGGAUAGUUGAAGAAAAGAAUUUCCAGUCACCAAUGAGAGAUUCUUUAUCUGAUCCAAAUGAUGCUGAUGGGAGUGUAAAUAAAAAUACGGACAAAUUACCAGAGAAAAAGUUUCCUUGGUCCAAUGAGAGCUUAAACAUUUUACGGGAAAUGGCAAGCUGCAGGAGAAAUUACUUUAAAAUUUCAAAACCGAGAAAUACAAGUCUGGAGAAUUUUGUUUCAUCUUUUUUCGAGUCGGAUGUGUUACCUCUUUGGCCUGCGGGUUGGAUGAAAUUAGAAAAGCUUUUACAGUGUGCUACGGCUAAUGUUUCCCCUAAAAAGAAGCAGAAGAAGUCUAAGGAUUCGAGUGUUCCAUCAAAUUCCAUUGUCAUUGCUUCUGGUAGUGUCAAUAAUACAUCAAAAUCCGAAUCUAUUGUGAAUAAUACAACAUCACAUUCAUUGGAUAAAGGGAAAACAAUUUCAAAUUCAUAUAAAGUAAAUGCGACGGAAAAUUCGCUCAAUCUAACAAUAACAAAAUCAAAUGAUUCAUAUAAUGAAAAAAAGCAAAGCAGUUCGAAACAUAAAGAAAAGAAUAAUAGUAGUCAUCAUCAAGCAGAAAACGCGACUCCUAAUGUGCCUAUCGGAAAAAUAACCGUCGUGCCUACCGCGCAAUUGUUGGCGAAGCCCUCAUCAAAUAAUAUUGAAAAAUUCAAUCCCAUGGAUCUUACCGGCAAUAGUUCUUUAUCAAUAACACCUGUCGACUAUCAAAAACCAAUUGUAACAAAAACCAACGAAAUAAAAAAAGACACCGUUUCAAUUAUUCCAUUCACUGAAUCAACAACAACACAUAAUGAAACAAACAUAUCGCAACAGCAGAAUUAUCAUUCCCGUCAGCAGGAGAUAAAUAAUCAAAAUUCCGUUAUGGUUUCAAUGCCAAUACGUGUACUUCAAGAUGCCUCCAUUGAAACAACAACAACAACACCAACAACUCCUUCUCACAGUCAUAAAUUUUACAUUGAUCAUGAUAUGGAUUAUUUUAAUAAAAAUGAAAAGAAACAAGAUCGUUAUUAUGAUGGUCGUCAUAAAUCGCAUGAGACAAAAAAAAGAAAAAGAGAGAGUAAAAGUGAUAAGGAAAAAAUUGAACAAGAACAAAAACAAAUUGAAGAAACAGUUGCAGCAACAAAUUAUCUUAGUCAAUUUAUAAAUGAUGAUUCACCGGAAAAAAAGGAACCAAUAAAUACUGAUGAUCUAUUGGGAUCAACACCAGCCAACGAUCAAGCAACCGAUGAUAUUCAAAUGGUUAUGCGUUCAAUUCAACAACUUCAGGAAGAAUUGAAUAAUUCGCCAAAUUCAUCUGUCGGUAGUAGCGCUUCCAAAUCAAUUAAAAAUGACAUUCAAUACAGUUUGUAUAGUAAAAAUGACAACAACUAUAGAAUACCAAAAGAGGAUCGUCAAUGGUGAAAAAAAAAAAUGCUGUGGAAAAAUAUUACAGCUAUUAUCGAGGAAAAAAGUUGUUCUUCCAUUUUUUUUCCAUUUCUCUUAAAUAAUAAUAAUAAUAAUGAUAAUAAUAAUAAUCCUCGGAAUGAUAUAAGAUCGAAUGGAUAGUGGGUUUCAAGCUGAUGAUAAUAAUUUUAGUGCGUGUGAUUUUAUUGCUCAUCUAUUCACACCAAGAUACAAACAUUCGAGUAUUUUUAAUUCGCCAAAAUCUGUACAUAAAAAUACAUUAACAAGUAUGUAUGUAUCUAAUUGAAUAACGUAGUGUAUACGAUCGUACAUGUACAGAAUUAAUUAUAAAAUUAUUAAGUUACGAUAAUGAAAAUGACGUCGCUAAAUUGUAGCAGCGUUUAUUUCCAAUGGGUGGCCUUAAUUAUUUUUUUUUUUUUUAAUUUACCGUAUAGAUCAUUUUUGAUACUAGUUGUAUUUUUGUUUUGUUUUGUAGAAUCAAAACUGGGCUUUUUUAACUUCCACACUAAAUAAUUAAUCUAUGAUUUUUUGUUUUUCAAUUUUUAAGUGAGAGAAAAAUGAAUUUAUCCCAUCUGUGAAUUUUACAGAACACUUUUUUGACUUUUCUUUUUUCCAAAAAUUACGUUUUUUAAAAUUGACGAAAUUUUUUCAAAAAAUAAGAAUUAAAAAAUAUAAUAGAACAGAAAAGAGUUAUUUGAAAAAUAUUAAAGAACAAGAACUGUUGAACAAUUUCUUUCAAUAUUUAAAUAGUAUUUUUUUUUGGCCCAGUUUUGUAUAGAAGAAGAAACUGAAAUCAAAACUGAAAAUUUAUUUUUUUAUAUCAGAUAUAAAUAAAUGUAUCAGAAAGAAUCAGUAAAUGGAAAAAGAAAAUUUUCUAUGUAUUAGAGAAAAUUAUUUUUGUAGAAAACAUUUUUUAAGGCCACCCAAUAAAAGUAAUUUUAUAAAUGCGAAUAGCAACAGACUGUUUGUGAUAGUUUUGACACAUACAUAACAAACACACUGCUUAGAGUAUAUGAAACUAACAAAAAUCGGCUAAUUAAAUUCGCACUUUGAAAGUUUUCCAACUGCCAAAGAAAAAAUUAAAUUAUAUAAUUAACAAUGAAAAUUCUCGACUAUUAUUUAUAGGCUUUAUUAUGUAUUCAGAAUUAAAUUCUUAUUUUUUUUUUAAAUUUGCACUGAAUUUCUAUUAAAAAAAAAAAAAAGACAUCGAUAAUCAUUUAAUGAUUAAAUUAAUAUUUAAUUAUAAAUAAUGAAAUUAUUAAUAAAAUUAAUAAUUAUUAUUAUUAUUUCGUAUCGUUUUCUUCAAGCAAUUGACAAACUUUCAAAAAUUAAAGAGAAUGUUUUUCAAAUCAUCACUGCCCAUAAAAAGUGCGACGAUUUUUGUUAAUGAUCGUUUUUUUUUUUUUUUAAUAUUUAAUUCGACGUGCGCAGCUAGAUUUAAAAAUCAGAAGCUAAACUUAGUUGCAUUGAAAUGUGAUUUAAUUACUAGAUGUUACAUUUCUUUACAAGUAAUUUCAUAUUUUAAUUUUUAUUAAUAAUUUAAUAAAAUUACUAUUAAUUUUAAUAAUUCUCGAUUUUUAAAAAAAUAUUUACCAAAUAAUUUUUCAUGUAAAAAAUGUAGUCAAUAUUUCUCCUUUAAUGUGUGUUUUUUUUAAAUUAUUUAAAUUAUUUUUUGAAAUUAUCUGUUGGUACAAAAUGUUUGAAAAAAACAUCUAUUUAUUAAAUUGACAAAUAUGAAAGUGCAAAAUAUUGUUUAGCGUCUGAUUUGUGUGAAGAAGAUAAUGUUUUUGAAGAAUGUAAAAUUAUGUACGAGUCCAUUGUUUGCGUGAAUAAUAAGUAUAUUUUUUUCGAGUGCUUUUGCUGUUGCAGCAAAAAAGCAAAAAAGAAAAAAAAAUAAUUGAGUGACUAUGAUAUUGUGUAUCAUAUAAUGCGUUAUAAGUAAUCGACAAUUAGCUGCCCAAAUUUUUUCUUCUUUUUUUUGUUUCCCAUUUCCCUUUGAAAAAAAAAACGUUAUGACGAAAUUUAGUCACGAGUACAGUAGAACAUCUUGUACCUACUAUUCUCGAUCAAUUAUUGUUUUUGAUUGAGGCCUCAUAAAAUAUAAGUUUUGAAUAUUUUUUACAAUA